UGAUAUCUGCCAUUGAGAAGAAAGAUCUCGCGUUAAACAAAUCCCCUGGCAAUCCCGCACAUAGUCAGAGACUGUUGCAACGAGCCCUAUUGCUGGAGAAGGCUAGCGGGGAAAGCCCCGAACACGAUGCUCC